AUGAAGGGCACGAAGCCCGUCAAGACAUUGUCAGUCAGUUUGGCCGCGUUGGCCCUGAUUUUGAGACGCUUGAGGGUCCGGACAUUCAAGGACGGACGCCUGAAGAAUGACACAUAUUCCGAACAGCGACUGUUGGGUCAACCACCUGGGGUCAGUGCUUGGCUCAUUGCCUUCAACCGUUUCCACAACUACGUCGUCGGAGAGAUGGCCUUGAUCAACGAGGCGGGGCGAUUCAGCUUGCCAGCGGGACUCACCCCCAAAAGCUCACAGUACGCUACAGCAGAGGCAAAACGUGAGAAUGAUCUGUUUCAAACAGGAAGACUCGUGACGUGUGGCCUCUAUGUUAAUAUCAUUUUGGGAGAUUAUCUGAGAACCAUCCUAAAUCUGAAUACUAACCCUGUCAACUCUGAUUGGAAGCUAGAUCCUCGUGGGCGAAUCGAGGUGUUCGAUGCCCAAGGGGUCCCACGAGGACUAGGGAAUCAAGUCUGUGCGGAGUUCAACAUGAUCUACCGGUGGCAUGCGGCAAUCACCGACCAAGAUGAAACCUGGACGAAGGCAUUCAUGAAGGAUAGUCUGGGGCGAGAUGUGGACCCGAGUACUUUAUCCGUGGGCCAGUUCCUGGCAGGGUUAAGAAAAUGGAAACAAACUCUGGAUCCGGAACCUUCAAAGUGGACUUUCGGAGGCUUGAAGCGUGCGCCGGAUGGCAAUUUCCACGAUUCAGAUCUGGUCAAACUGUUGCAAGACGGCGCAGAACGUGCGGUCGGUGCAUUUGGGUCGUGGGGGGGGCUGGCAACCCUCAACGAAUUCCGGGUCUUCAAGCUAAAGCCAUAUGCGACCUUUCUGGAAGUUAACUCGGAUCCCGAGGUUGCCGAAGCCCUCGAGGCUCUCUAUGGCCACCCCGACAACAUCGAACUUUUCCAAUCGGCCAGCUCAGACUUCGAUGUUGCCAGUGGCGAUGUGAUGUACAAGCUUUUGAUGAGGGCAUUCCCGGGGUACUAUCCCCCAAAUAGCUUUUACACGCUCUACCCCUUCACCAUACCGACGCACAACCGACAGGCUUUCGAAAAAGCGGGGGGACCGCAUACUUUCCAACUCACACGACAUGACUACAUGUUGAGUGGUGACUCGACUGCCAAUGCCGACCAGCGGGUAUUUGUCAAUAAAUGCAUAUAUCAGCCAAAGGACAGUUUGGAGGAGGUUCAGCAAUACUAUGAACGAACAACCUUGGAGCUUCUUCGGGAGUAUAGCAAGAAGGCCGGGCCAUCCUAUUACGUCGACGCAGUCCGAGACAUCGGAAACCUCGCCCAUGCGAACUUUACAGCCGAUUUCUUCAAUAUUCCCGUGACUAAAUCUGCGGAUAAUGAUGCUUAUACGGAUGCAGAAAUGUACGAUGCACUGGCGGAGCUCUUCGGCUACGUCUUCCUAGACGUCGACCCAGCACAGUCUUUAAAACACCGGACCGUUGGGUCGCGCAAAUCUGAACGUCUCGGACAGGUCAUGCGAAAGCAAGUGGAGCAUCAGCAAUCACAUCUUGCCUCUAUUGCUCGUCAAGUUCUCGGUACCGAAUCUGAGCCGGAGAACCUGGUGAACUAUGGCGCGCAGUUAGUGCGAAGGCUUCUAGACGACGGCAAGUCGGUCGAUGAAGUCGUGUGGACCAUCAUCCCAACUGCUGCUGCUGCUGCAUGUGCCACACAAGCUCAAGGAUGGGGUCAGUUGAUUGACCUAUAUUUGUCCGAUGCAUACUAUAAACACUGGCCGGACAUCCAGCGUCUCGCCCACAGCAAUGACAGGGUGUCUUUUGAGAAGCUCAAGAAAUACGCUUUAGAAGGAUUCCGCCUGUCUACGCCAGCAUUUGGGGUUCUUCGGAACGCCGCCGUGGACACUACCAUCGACGACAGUGGGAAGUCGAUCGCCGUGCACAAAGGUGAUACCAUAUUUGCAGAUUUCGUCACCGCCGGACGUGAUCCUAUCAAAUUCCCAGACCCAGAGUCCAUCCGACUGGAUCGCGCGGACGAGCUGUAUAUCCAUCACGGUUGGGGACCGCACGCCUGCCUCGGUCGUGCAAUUGUCACGGUAGCCGGGGCCGCCAUGCUGCGAGUUUUCGGUCGGCUCACUAACCUCCGACGCAGCCCGGGCCCCUCGGGAGAGAUGAAGAGCAAGCUCGUGAACAACGCAUUCAAGGUAUACCUCCCCGAGGAUGGAAGCGAAUGGACGCCGUUUCCUUGUAAUAAGAAGGUGCUGUUCGAUAGCCUAGGAGACCAGGGUUCCUAG